UGAGGUGAUAGAUUUGCCUUGUUAUGGUUUAGGGCUCACAAUGCUUCAAUGAUCUCUGCACAGGGGAGAUUUUCAAAGCCUGGGCCCAAGGUUAUGCUACUGGUAGUGGAGAGAAAGGGUGCAGAACUUCCCAUUUGGCAGAACUCCCAAGAUAAGUAGGAAACUAACAAAGUCAACUCAUUAACUGCAAAAAUCACAGCCUCACCCGCUUGUGAUGGUGUCUCCGGCGAUUGCCCUGGCCUUCCUCCCCUUCAUUGUCACCCUGCUGAUCCGGUACCGGCACUACCUGAUGCUGCUGUACCGGGCAGUGCUGGUGCCCUGGCUGCGGGAUCGGCUCACUGGCACCUCGCGGGAGCAGCAUGCCUUCCAGUACCUGCUGACACAUGCCAUCCCUGGGGACCCCCACCACAUCCUCCAGACCUUCGAUCACUGGUGCUACCACUGUGAGCACCUCAGCUGUGCACAUGCCGUGUCAGGGCGGAUCGUGGAGCGGGUGCUGUCGGAGCAGGCACCACUGCGGGUGCUGGAGCUGGGCACAUACUGUGGCUAUGGCACCGUGCUGCUGGCACAGGGGCUGCCCCCAGGAGCCCGUCUCUACACCAUCGAGGGGGACCCCCAACACGCUGCCGUGGCCGAGAAGGUCAUCCGCCUGGCCGGCUUCAGCGAGCAGACGGUGGAGCUGAUUGUGGGCCCCUCGGAGGAGGUGAUACCCCGCCUGCGGGAGAAGCACGGCCUGAUGAAUGCCAACUUGGUCUUCAUGGAUCACUGGAAACGCUGCUACCUGCGGGACCUACAGUUGCUGGAGAGCCACCAGCUGCUGGCUGAGGGGGCCACCAUCCUGGCUGAUAAUGUCCUCUUCCCUGGGGCACCCCAUUUCCUGCAGUACGCCAAGACCUGCGGCAAAUACCACUGCAAGGUGCACCGCGCCAGGCUGGAGUACUUCCGUGGCAUUCCUGACGGUAUCGCUGAGCUCCGCUACACCGGUACCCACUGAGCGGGCGGCAAGCCUCGGCCUUGCGGUGGCCACGGUUAUCACGGGAGUUACGGGUCCCCAGCCCCCUGCCUUGGCCUCAACAUGCUCUCUGGAGGAAAUGCAGUGGCUGCUGUGAUCUGUGGUGGGGCACAGUGGGUAAUGACGGGGCUCAUUCCCUGCAGUGCUCCUGCAGUGCACAGGGAGGUCUGCCAGGCAAACCAGUGGAUGGUGGGGAGCAGCCCUACACUUGCCUGGGUGGUAACCCCUGCUGCCCUGGUGGCCUCAGACAC